UGCAACCUACCCCUUGUGUGGCAAAACUGACCGUAUCUCUUGUAAGCGCCCAUUCCAGAUAUUUGUAUGAAAUUGUAUCGCUCUUAGCGUUGUUGAUGUUGUUGUUAUUGUAAAUUUUGUGCACGAAACUCAAAUAAGUAAACAAAAAAUCCAAUAAUCUAACACCAAAGUAUACGUCUCCCCACACUUCAGGAGUAUAUUCGUACUCGUAUGUACUUGUAUAUAAAUUUUUAGAAAAUAUUCGAUGAUGUUUUUGAGAAAAAUUUAAAUCGUGUGUAAUUACUCUAAGCAUUGACAGCGAAAAAAAAAAAAAUAGUAACUAUUGGAAAGUGAGUAAAUUAUUGUGCAUAAACAUUACUCACCAAAUCAAAGUCAAUUAUAGUGUUAAAAUUUGUUGCUCCGGUGUGUUGUGUAUAUCACGCGAAGUUUUCGAAAAUUAUGUGAAUACGAAGUUUAUUUAUGUCUAUGAGAUAUUGGAAAAAAAAUUGAUUUUAAAGUGUGGUGCUUUGGACGUAAAAUAAAAAUAUUCAUUGCAAUACUAGUACAUCUAUUUAUCCGGAAAAAAGUCGGCAUAUUAAACAGCUCUUUGGCGGACAGGGCGUAUGAGUUAUUGUGAAAUAGGCAAUUAAAGUAAACAAUAAAAUUAAUUGUUAUUGCAAUAAUUGCAAGCAAAUACUUACUAACGUGGCCGAAAGACAACAACUAACCAAACAAACGAGUUCAACAACAAUUCCAGCAUAAACAAUUAUAUAGACCACCACUAAUGCUUGAAUGUGUUGCUUUUUUUGGCUACGAUUUUUAUUGCUCUACCAUAAGAAAAACUUAGUGAGCAAAUUGAUCUUUCAUUAAAAACUAUACAAAACAAACAAAUAUCAACAAAUCGUAAUCGCUCGUAAAUUUAUUGGCGCAUUGCAUUCUGCGUACUUUAAAUUCAAUAAAAUAAUUCAAACAAAUAAGAACUUCCCACACCCCAAAUACACAUCCUUUAAUAACCAAUAUAUUCUAAAAAUUGAACAAAAUGUCGCGUGAAAACUCACCUCGCCACAGCAUACGACGGCGUCAUAACCAAUAUCUGCAACAACAACAGCAAAACCAACAGUCGCAUACUUUGCAACAAGCAGCAACGAAUUCGCAACAGCAGCCGCCCAUAAUGGAGCAUGUGGAGCAACUACAACAACAGCAACAAUCGCUUGGCGCUAACGUUGCUAGUGUGGGCAGUAGUGGUGGCGCUGGCGCUGGCAGCGAUGGUGGUGUUGCUGCUGCUGUGACGACUGCGGGCGGCGCGCCCAUGUCCAGCUCCGCCACGAACAUUAGCACCGCCAUCGACGAUGGCAACGGCGAGAAUGCCACACUGCCGCCACUCACCGGCCCCGGACCGAGCAGACAGCGUUCGUUGCGCGACCGCCUCAAAGACGGCAUCACCGGCAGCUUCUCAUGGCAGUAA